AUGGACUAUCGCUUCAAUAGCUUUUAUCUCGACAAGAAAGCUCAUCCAUUCGUGGAGAGCAUGGUGGAAGUACUCGCUGAAGCGGAUCUACAAGCUGUUCUUCCUGACGUUUUCAGUCUAUUUCGGCCCAGAGCAAUGUCCAAGUUUCGGAACAAUAUCGAGCAGAUGCAGGCUACUUGUCGCGAGAUCAUUGCUCAGAGGCGUCAAGCCAAUGGCAAAAAGAUGCCCAAUGACCUCCUCGAUGCUAUGCUCAACGGCAAAGACCCGGAGACUGGUGACUCACUGAGCGAAGAGGCAAUCGUGCACAACAUCAUCACUUUCCUGGUCGCCGGUCACGAGACUACUUCAGGUCUUCUGUCUUUCGCCAUCUACUACUUAGUAGAGCAUCCCCAAGAGUUGAAUAGGGCACGGGAGGAGGUGGAUAGGGUUGUGGGCCACGGCCCAAUCAACGUGGACCAUCUACAGCAACUCCCCUUCCUGGACUCCGUCUUCCGAGAGACAUUGCGUCUUAUGCCAACAGCGCCUGGAUACUAUGUUACCCCAUUCAAGGACGAGAUCAUCGGCGGCAAGUAUCUGGUUAAGCCAGGUGAGGCUUUGUGUAUUCUCCUGCACACACUCCACCGUGAUCCCAAAGUUUGGGGUUCCGAUGCGGAAGACUUCAAGCCUGAUAGGAUGAGAAACCUGCAUGGCAUACCUCAGAAUGCCUGGAAACCUUUCGGCAACGGUAUGCGUAGUUGCAUUGGUCGAGCAUUCGCUUGGCAGGAGGCCCAACUCGUGAGUAGCUCAAUUCUUCAGAUAUGGACCUAUUUCCUGACGUUCCUGGUGGCUCACGUCUGUUGUAGGUCAUAUCAAUGA